UUUUUUUCUUUUUUUUUUUUUUUUGGAGGGUCACACACACCCUAUCAUCAUCAUGAAAGAAAAAAGAAAAUUGUUAUGUUUCAUUAUAAAAUAUUAGUGGAAAAGUGGAAAAUAAAUAAAUAAAUAAAUAAAAAAUAAAUUAAAAGCCCACAACUAACAUAAUUCGAAAAUCUAUAUUAUAUAAUAACAAAGAUGAUAUGAAAGUAUGAAGGGUUCAAAUACAGAGAACAAAGACAUUUAAUAAACCCAUGCUAAACCUAUUCUCCCCCACCACAGAAGAGCCCCUUUUCUUUUUCCCCUUUCAUCUUCAUACAUGCCUCUUUUACACUCUAACUUUGAUUUGGAAUUUCAUCUUCUUAAUUUGGUAUGGGAAAGAAUUUGACACACUUUCAUUUGGGUCAACUCAAUCUAUCUCUCUCUACAAGUUUGGAGUUUAAAAGCUAUAGGUUGAGAAGUUUAUGGAAGAAUAGAAGCCGCUAAUGAAGAAUCAAGAGUAGUUUCUUUGGAAGCUAUCAAUAAUGAACAAGUGCUUUGAUCUUUGGAGGCAUUUCUGAGUUAGCAAAGAAGUGAUUUUUUCAAAGCUUUCAUCAUGCCUUUAUCUGAGCUAUAUCGCUUAGCUAGAAGGAGGGUUGAUACAACUCAAGAUUUUCCACCCCCAAAUGAUGUUUUUGAGCUUGUAUGGGAGAAUGGUCAGAUUUCAACACAAGGUCAGUCCACUAGAACUAGAAAAGACCCAACUUCUCACUAUUUACCAUCUUAUACCCAAAAAUCUCGAGACAAAGAUGUAGGAAAUAGAACAACUUGUAAGACAGGAAAGUUUGGAACUGUGGAUGCUGUACUAAAUGAAAUUCCAAUGUCUGUGCCAUCUGAUGAAGUGGGUUUGAGUCAUGAUGAUGAUAUGAUGCCAUGGUUGAAUUAUCCAAUUGAUGGAUCUUUACAACAUGAAUACUGUCCUGAUAUGUUGCCUGAGUUAUCUGGUGUGACUGUUAAUGACAUUUCCAAGAGUAAUAAUUUUGUAUCAAAUGAUAAAAGUAGUUGUAACCUGCUAUAUAGGGACUCAAAUGCCAGUUCUGUAGGUUAUGGUAGUAGUUUAGAUCAAAGGCAGGGGUCUAAGGUUGGUGCUAAUAUUUUAAGAUCUAAAACUGGUACUACUCAGUUGUAUCAAUCAUCAUCAUCCCAGGAUUGCCAAACAUCCUUUCCAUCUUUUAGAUCAAGAGGAGUGGAUGCAAUUGCUGACAACACAAGUAGUGCUGCCCGCCACUGUGUUUGUGGCGAUUCAGCUCUCAUUCCAUCUCCUGGUAGUUUUCCUAGCCAAAAAAUGCAGAAGAAAGAUCCUAUACCACCUACUAAUAGUUCCAAUGUAGUUAAUUUCUCUCAUUUCUCCCGACCUGUUGCCCUUGUAAAGACUAAUCAUAAGAACACCAGUACAACCAAUGACUCUAAUGCAUCGAACAUGGAGAGUUUGCCAAAUAAGGAUAAUGGUUCUGCGGCAAAUAGUACUAGUCCUCCUAAGCCAACACUAAUUGAUUCAAGUAGUAGUUUAAGGAAGGAAACUAGUACACAUUGCCAAAAAAUGGCUUCUGGUAUUGACUUGAAACUUUCAGAGGCUAGGCCUCUUGAGGAGCCAUGUGCUGCUAAAGAUACAGAAGCUGUUUCCCUGGAAGAUGCCUCUAAGAAUGAUUUAAACUUCAGUCAAAUUCCCUGUGAAAGUGCAACUCGAGCUCCACGGGAUGGUGAAAAGGCUACAGAGCCUGUUGUUGCUUCUUCUUCCGUUUGCUCAGGCAAUAGUGUGGAGAGAGCUUCAGAUGAUCCAACUCAUGUUUUGAAGAGGAAAUUUCGUGACACCGAGGAUUCUGAAUGCCAUAGUGAUGAUGUUGAUGAAGAAUCAGUGGGUGUUAAAAAGACUGCUCAUACUCGAGGCUCGGGGUCCAAGAGAAGCAGGGCAGCAGAAGUGCAUAAUUUAUCUGAAAGGCGACGAAGGGAUAGAAUUAACGAGAAGAUGCGGGCCUUACAAGAACUCAUACCAAAUUGCAAUAAGGUAGACAAAGCUUCAAUGCUUGAUGAAGCUAUUGAGUAUCUAAAGACACUUCAACUUCAAGUGCAGAUUAUGUCAAUGGGAGCAGGUUUGUGUAUGCCACCAAUGAUGUUACCACCAGGAAUGCAACAUAUGCAUGCAUCCCAUAUGGCACAUUUCUCUCCAAUGAGUAUUGGAAUGGGAAUGAGUAUGGGCAUGGGUUACGGAGUGAGUAUGCCCGACAUGAAUGGAGGAUCAUCUGGCUAUCCUAUGAUUCAAGUUCCCCCUAUGCACGCAGCACAUUAUCCUGGCCCACCUAUUCCUGGGCACUCUGCUGGCAUGCAUGGGAUGACAGGUCCUAACCUUCAGGUGUUUGGGCUGCCUGGUCAAGGAAUUUCCAUGCCAAUGCAACGUGCACCCUUAGUACCUAUGAUGGGAGGAACUUUCAUGAAGCCAUCUAUGGGAUUAAAUGCUUCUGGGGUCGGUGGGUCUGUGGAGAAUAUGGAGUCAGCUCGCCCAUAUACCUCGAAGGAUCCAGUGCAGGAUACGACCACUCAAGUGGUGCAGAGCAAUGGUGCCGGUGGCUCCACGAAUUAGACAUCUACUCAGGUCUGUGCAUGAGGUGUGACAUAAUAUUUUCUUAGAGAAGAAAGCCAACAUGUUGGUCCCUUUGUUAUCUUUUGUUCACCCUCAUGUAACUUCAUUUCUUCUCAGUAUAAUUCUGAUUCGAGUUAAAAAUAGGAUUACUUAUCGUCACUGUUUUUCUUCUGGAGUACAUAAUCUCUAUCAUAAUAACCUACUUCUAGAUAAUAGGUUCUUAAGUUAUUUAGUUAUUUUAAAUUUCCUUAAUUGUUUCAGUAUCUUUAUCAUUGAGAAUCAAUCUUAUUUAAACUUUCCUCUAAAAAGAAAAGAGAGAUUGUAAAUACAUAAUUAAAAUGUAAUGAAGAUUGAUGGAUUGGAUGUGUAAAAUGACUAAAUGGAUUGUUUAUGGAAAAGUACUCCUUUGGCAUCAA